AUGGCAGAUGCAAACCUCAUCGGGAUCAUCAAGGUCCCAUUGUGUGCUUUCACCUACCAGACUGAAUGGCCGGUGAAGCUCUACACUACCCCGCCAGGACCGUGUUUCCUUCACCAGACAACAUACUCCGACGGGGAGAUAUACCGCGGGAAGAGGCUCUGUCAGCUGGCCAAGCAAGACCUCCUGGCUCGGGAAUGGAUAGUGCAACUAUCAUCGAGCAAGCAGCCGAUUAUUCGGCAGCUGUCCAGGAAUAUCGAGAUUGUAGAAGCACUGGAUAAACUCCUGCCGUACCCGGGGCUCUGGACGGGGCUGAGAAUUGGCAACCUGCAUAAAUACCUUGCACUGCACUGUGUCGAGCAGAUUCUCAACUACCUCGGCCACAUAGAUCACGUCUGGUCGACAAUAACGGUCGGCAUCAUGCCGGAAACGGUUGACAACAGUUCGGUUGGCGUCCUGCAAGGCCGUGCCCCGUCCAUCGCAGCAGACCGUAUGUACAUUGAGCAUAUGUUCAACCAGAAUCAGAUCUUCGUCCGCGUUACCGACCCUGCAACCCGCAGCCGGCUAUUAGACCGAAUCCUGUCGUUGGACAAGAUGAUACCCAGCAUAGGGACAUUUGAGAAAAGCAUGAAGUAUUUCGAGCUGGGUGCGAGAAUUCUGAGGCGCGAGCUGUUGGGAGACCAAGAGAAUGUCGACCCUACAGCCAAUGUUCAUCCGGGGACCAAUGUGAACCCGGAGGCCGAGGAGCCCACGCUCCUCCAGAGACUCAAGUGGCAAAGUCCAAUGAGCCCUACCGUCGAGGUGGCCGAGGGGGUCUUCGUGGAAUCUACUGUCAUGACUAAGGAGACAGCACUCAAAGCGCUCUUCCUAUUCUCCCUGCGGCACUUCCCCUACUUAGGACCUGAUCCGCCGCUCCAGGAUGUAAAGGGCGAAGGUAUCGUAGCGGGCCUAAGCGACCUGCAUUCGCUUCAUCUCCGUGCCCGGGCCAGGGAAUUUGGGUUCGUGUUGAGUAUGCUCGAUCAGGAGCUGUGCCAAUUAGAUCCCCUUGUCGUAGACCCCAUGAGCACAAAGCGACGGUCUAUGCCUUGGAGAGGUGGCAAGCCCUUUGUCAGUACGUUCUUUGAGCUACGACCAGUCGCAUUUCUUCCUACUCUAGACGCAGCCGAUCCACGUGCCGGCGUUACCCCGGCGUUCGUAUUAAAGCACUUCAUGGAUGCAUAUUUCGGCGCUUCUUCCUAUGCGGUGGACGUGCCGUACUCUAUGGACGAAUCCGGUAUGUCGUCACAUAGUCUGCCAGUGCCUUCAGCGCAACCACCCUUCGGCUCCCCACGCUCGGGAGAAGGCACAGUCCAUUUGCCACCGAUUGGAUCACAAUUCAGUAACAAGCCAAAGGAGCACCGCGGGCGAGCCGUAGAGGGGGCUCAGAACGCCGGAGAACCGGCAGGGGAUGAUAGCAAGGAAAUACCGAUGAACGGCGAACUCUGGACGAGGUCCCCGAACGCGCCUACUUUACGAGAGUCCAUGGACCAGUUCGACGUUCAGCUCCCUGAUCGAUCAGUUCAACGCUCCCCGAUCUUCACCCCGGAACCUGAGGGCGAGACACAAGAAAUUCUGGAAGCUAUUGCAGGGCAGUCAAGCCUAGCUGGACAUGCGAGCUCGACAGGCUUCCGUCCUGAUGUGGCAAUUGACGCCAGCGUAUUCAUGGCCCCUACGCAUCUGGGCCCGAGGCCUAGGACCUAUCUCAAGAAGGAGGAUAGGAAGAAGGAUAAGAAGGAUAAGAAGGAUAAGAAAGAUAAGAAGAAGAGAGGAUUGAAUAGAAUCCGGAAGAAAUCCCUCCGCGAGCCACUGGUUCGUCCUGGGCAGCAGUCAGAGAUUGACGGUCCCAACUUCACGUUCCGGUCACGCAAGAGACGUGGGAAUACUCCGCCCAUACCGGAAGGACCCAGUCACAGCCCAAUCUUUCGCUUGUGGGAUGCGCCACGGGAGCUCAAGAGAAAACAUACUACUGCAAUGGCCGAAGACCCCUGGGUAGACAUACGGCCGGCAAAGGACCCCUCCCAGGGAAAGAGACCAAGAUUGCAUGGGCCCCAUGGGAAGGCUGGGACCAAGCGGACGCUUUCUCAGACAGGGGAUGGUUGGAAGUCUAUCAUACGGCGACAGAGCAGCAAAGGCAAAGGCAGGGAGAGCAUGCCGAGACCGCGGCGGGACAGCGAUAAUGUUCCGGCAGAUCCUCGGCGGGACGACCAAUCUGUUGAGCGUGGAAGAUCACCGCCGGAAGACACAAAAUGUCACGAGGGUUCAGGCGCGAUAGCAGGAAGCCAGACUCCAUCUUCUACUACCCAGGGUGCCUCCGGCUCGCGACUGUCUCGUGAGGGCGGUGCUUGGCCCCAACAAGCCAGAAGCAGUAAAGAGGUGAGAGAAACUUCGGGCCAUACAGAGGAACAUCCCAAGCGUGGAGCUUUUGCUCAAACGAAGGACGACUACCCUGUGGACGAAGACUGGUCUAGUGAUACGGAGAUUCCAGUCCCCACUAGGGAGAGGUCGGCACCGGCGUCUCCAGAAGAUGACGGGAUUUUAUGA